AUGUGGGACAAAUAUAAUUUUAUCACUCCAGCAAAAGUUCGAGUGUUGUUGGUUCCGAUAAAUGACUGCACUUCGUCGAAUUUCCAGCGAUAUUUACAUUUAAUCCAAACAAAUGUUGGGGAGGUACGAUUACUAGAUAUCAAAGAAAACAACAAGUUGCACUAUUUCAACCCUGUAACUUUCCCACAAGGUAGAAUUUUUCCCGAGUUUAUUACUAGCUCCAUUGAUAAUGAGUUAAUAUUUCUUCAUGAUUUCGAGCCAUUCAGAAAGACUUUCAUAGUACUUGGAGUAGGACCAUACGGGGAAGACCCAUCCACAGCAUUGUCUGAAUUGAAAAAGAAAUAUAACAGUGCCAUUGUUCAUAACGUUAUAUUAUUUGACACACCAGAAGACAAAUUGAAACAACAAGCGAAUGAGGUGUUUUUCCACAAUGGUACCACUAGUCAUUUGACAGCUCUAGAAACAAUAUUUUGCGGUAUAAGUGGAAAUUUCUUAGAAAAGCUAGAUGCAUACGCUUCAGCAUAUACCAACAUCACAUUGAGAUCUCCUGUUUCGAUUACUGACAGCCAUGUAUUAACAAAGACUAUCAAUCAAGCACAAAAAAGAUUAAGUUCAGGGUCCACUUCAUUUAAAGUUUCCUUUAAUAGCUCAACGACAACAACAACAUCAACAACCACUACAACAACUGGCAGUACUUUGGAAAAAUCUAAAACUCAUUUGAAGCAUCUAGGUAGACAACGAAAGUUAAUGGGAAACUUAUAUCUUUUAGCGGGCAAGUACCAUGAUGCAUUUCAAAAUUUUAUAGAAAGCUUGACGAGUCUAAAAAAAUCCGACGACUUUCUAUGGCUAGCAAGCACACUUGAGGGAGUUGCAGUCAGUAUAGUGUUAAUGCAAUUUAUUGGCACAACUUAUCAACUACCCAAUCAAACUAUGAACCCGGUGCUACAGGUGUCAAAGAUUCGAGGCGGUGUAGACACUACAACGGUUCGGAAAACUUCUGUCGAUUCCAAUAUCACAUCUCCCAGAAACUCAAUAAACAGCUCCAAUGGGUUCAGUUUCAAUGCUUUAACUUCUACAAUGCCCGACUUUAACAAUUUACCAGUGCAAGAACUUUUAAAGAUUAUCACUUCACGGGUUGUGUACUACUUUAGCAUGAGUACAAACGAUAUUGAAAACAUGGUUCCUGACAUUGUUUAUGUGGAAAGCAUUCUUAGAAGAAUUAAGUUAUUGAUUGGCCUCCAUUUUUCUAGUAGUAUGGAAGACAUAGUCAAGGGAACGGUUAAACCUACUUCGAAAGUAUCAUUCCUGAAAAUUGAAAUUAUCGACGAAAUGGACAGAAUAUUUCAAUUGCAAAUAACUGAUUUGAAUAUUGUGGAUCAAUGCAGAAUAUAUUCUGCAUUGGCAACAAUGUAUGCUGAUUUAGGAUUAAAGAGGAAGAAUGCAUUUAUAUUAAGACUUUUAUUGGCUGCAAUUCUGCCUCAUUUAAGUUCUGGAGAGCUUCCAGCACAGUCAAUUAGGGAUGUCCUUGAAAAUAUGUUUGUGUUAUAUGAUAUCUGCGACGAGCCUGAAUCAUUUUCUGAAGCGGCAAGAUUCCAUGGACAGAGUAACUGGACAUCCUUGCAAAUACAGCUUUUGAGGUUAUCCUUGAAAAUUGCAGAAAACUUGAGGGACCAAGAGUUGUUGUUAAAAUUGUGCACAUUAUUAUUGACUAGAUACACGCAUUGUUUACCACCUGAUGAUCAAAUAAAACUAAAGAACAAAGUGGAUCUGGCUAUGAAAUCAAAUGGUGGUCUAAGUACUCCGUAUUGGGAUCCUUUCCUAAUUCGCAAAGUCAAAUUUGUAAAUUCAAAGCCUCGUGGCAAUUUAAUUCCUAUGCAAGAGGCGUCAAAGUCUGAUGAUUCACUGCAACCAUUUUUCGAUCCAUACUCAAAGAAGGAAUUAAAUAAAACAUUUUUGCCAACAUUGGUGAAAGAUGAUAUUUCUCAAUUGAAAGUGACUUUGCAGAAUCCCUUUGCAUUUGAAGUUGAAAUUCAUGAGAUAACCAUUAUAAGCGAAGGCGCACAAAUAGAAACUAUUAAAAGUUUAAUUCGACCUUUGGAAUCAACAACUAAACCCCCAUCCAUUAUUCCGAAUGGAAACAUACUUUAUAACAAAUUACGUGGUCACCAUGGAAAGAAAUCCUCUUCAGCAACCCUGGUGGUACAUCAAGGCGUAUCGCAUACAACAUCAACACAUUCUGCUAGUACUUUUGUUCUUGCUCCAAGGUCAAUGGAGAGUGUUAUGCUUUCUUUCAAGGCAGUUUCGACUGGACAGGUUAAUAUUACUGGGUUUGAAGUGUCCAUUGGAAAUUGCCAGACACAAUUUUUCCAUAUAAUAGACAAAGAGAAGUUUGAUCAUACAAUAAAAUUGCAAAAAGUGGAUCACAAGCCAAAACAGACAACAUCAGUGCUAGACAAAGUUGUAAGUAACCUUCAAUCUCAGUUUAUUUCGGGUAGGGUGACGACAAGUCUGUUGAGUUUAUCCAUUAUCCCACCACAACCUUCAUUGACUUUAUUGGAAAUACUGGCUUCGAAUGGCUGCUUGAUGUUGCUUGAAGGAGAAAAACAUAACGUAACAGUUACAUUAGCUAACCAUUCUGCUCAAUCCAUUAACUACUUGACUUUUUCGUUCUGGGACUCAAAUAUCGAAUUUCUCAACAAGAAGCUCACAAAUCCAAAUCUAACUGCAGCAGAGGUGCACGAAUUGGAAUGGAAGUUACUCGUAUUCAAACCGUUUAGAAUCUUGAAUAAAGAUGUUAUAGGGGAAACAAUAAACCCCGGUGGGGUAGUUGAACUCGAAUGUGAGCUUACAAGCAGGAAGUUGAUGAAUGAUCUGAAGAUAAUAUUGGAAUACGCCUAUAAAUCUGAUACCGACCAAAGCUUCAUGAAAACUUUGAGUAUUCCAUUGAAUGUGUCAGUAAUGCCAUCAGUCGACGUUGUUGGUUGUGAAAUGUUGCCUGCCAUAAGCAUCCUGGAUAAUAUACCGCAUAAUAUUGGACAAGCAUUAAAGUGUGUUAAGAAUGCUGAUGAUUACUGUUUACUUGUGCUUGACUUGCGAAAUUCAUGGGGGGAGAGAUUGGAAUGUAACUUGAAAUAUAACGAGUUUGAAUUGUCUGAACCGAUUCAAGCAGGGAAAACACAGAGGUUUAUUGUUCCUAUUCAGAGAAUCGAGAUAGAUAUCACUAAAUCCAUACCUUCUUUGCGUAACAAACAAUUUAUCAAAAACUAUAACAUAUCGGACGAAGAGGAAAAGCAAAUGAAAAAAUUGUUUUGGCUCAGGCAUUCAAUUUUAGAAAACUUACUAGGGUCUUGGGAAUUGGGUAGACGACAUGGGAUAAUUGAUUUACGUCCAAUUCGAUUGACCACCAAAAUGGCAAAUAUCUUGUCUUAUGAAAACAUCCAGGUUCAUAACACUGUGCUAACAGAUGAUGGUUCGCAAGUGGAUUCAAUUGGGAAAUCUUACAGUUUAUCAACUGAUCAAUUUUAUGUGUUAAAAACGACAAUAUUUAACAAGUCCAAAAAGCCAAUUAAUGGAAUUGUGCGUCAAUUACCAUUCCCAAUACACAAUACUCCUAAUGUGAGUAAUCUGCGUCCUCAACUUUCCAUUGAUAAAAAAAUGCUAGUGAACGGUAUUUUACAAAGAAAAUUCCCUGAAAUUGCCGCUGGAGAUCAACUAGCACUAGAAACUAGCUUUGUCAUUAUUCAGAACGGGGAGUUUGAAUGGGGUACAGUGGUAGACUUGUUUAAUGAGAAGAUCAUUUGUAGAGAACAACUUUAUAUUACAGCAAAUUGA